AUGCCUGAUAAUUAUUCCAAUUCUGCAAAUGAACUAAAAAAAUUUCAAAAACUUUGGUGGGAUCAAGGAAUUCUUCACCCAAAAGCCAACUGGGCACAAGUUGAAGGGGUGUCUUUAGAAAAAUAUGAAUACCAUUGUGACAUUUUUAAUAUUCAUGAAUUAUGUGAAUGGUCCAAUGGCAUAGUUACAAUUAUUGAACUUGCAUCAAGACCACAUGAAAUUUGUAUCAAUUCAAUUAAUAGAGUAUUAUUACAUCAAUGUGAUACUGUUGCUUUUACUGAUACAGAGAUUUAUGGCCUUGGAUCUACUCAUAAGCAUAACUUUCAUUGA